CAUCCAGCGACUGAGGACGCAUCAGGUGGAGAGAGAAACUGCAUUACGCACCAAUCAAAUAUAGAACAGUACCCUCUGGACCGCUAACUUCAGACAUAUUGACAAAAUGUCUCAUAAAAAGUAUCUUCACUUACAUUGUAUCGAAAAACAAUGAGGAACAUUGCAACGAAUUGAGAUACAAUAUUGUGUGAUGGCUGCAUUCAAGAGACUCAAGAGACUUUGAAACAAAUUAUGCUUUAAUUAUCUGAAUUGGCAAAAACGCCUGCCAGCUACUGUCAAACGACCCAGGAAGACAUAUGAAGGCAUUUGUGCCCCCUUCACUUACAUUUGAAAAUAGUUCAGAGCUAGUAAAAGUGAUGAACUCGUCUGGUUUGGACAACCUAACCGAAUUUGCACCAUGGUAUGUCAACAGAACGGAUGUCGAGGAGGAAAACCAGAAACUUUUGUUCGGGAUUGGCAUGGACAACUUCAUUACGCUUUUGGUUUUCGGACUCAUCUUUACGCUUGGAGUGUUGGGGAACUCCAUGGUUAUCACGGUGCUGGCCCAUAGUAAACCCGGAAAACCACGGAGCACCACCAACAUAUUCAUCCUCAACCUUAGCAUCGCCGACCUGUCCUACCUGCUUUUCUGCAUCCCUUUUCAGUCAACUAUUUACAUGAUGCCGACAUGGGUUCUGGGUGCCUUCAUCUGCAAGUUCAUUCAUUAUUUCUUCACCGUUUCUAUGCUGGUCAGUAUUUUCACCUUGUCCGCAAUGUCGGUGGACCGCUACAUUGCCAUUGUUCACUCCAGAAAAUCGUCCUCCAUCCGCGUGUCAAAGCACGCUUUGAUCGGAGUGGUGGUCAUUUGGAUACUCUCUUUGGCCAUGGCAGCGCCAGUCGCGGUUAUACACAACAUAUACCAGAGAGACGAGAAUCACACCUAUUGCUGGGAAGUGUGGCCGGAUCAAAACCAAAAGAAAGUCUAUGUUGUUUGCACGUUUGUUUUUGGUUAUGUAUUGCCCCUGUUGCUGAUUUCGUUCUGUUACGCAAAGGUUUUAAAUCACCUGCACAAAAAACUCAGAAACAUGUCCAAAAAGUCAGAGGCGUCGAAAAAGAAGACUGCCCAGACGGUUCUUGUAGUGGUGGUGGUGUUCUGCCUGUCAUGGCUCCCCCACCAUGUGGUCCACCUGUGGGUGGAGUUCGGCAACUUCCCCUUGACCCAGUGGUCCUUCUUGUUCCGGGUGGCGGCCCACUGCCUGGCCUAUAGCAACUCCUCCGUCAACCCUGUCAUCUAUGCCUUCCUCUCGGAGAACUUCAGAAAGGCCUACAAGCAGGUGUUCAGGUGUCAGAUUACCAACUCCCCUCUCAACGAACUCAAGGAGUUCCGCAGCAAGGUGGACAACACACCACCCUCCACCAACUGCACCAACGUCUGAUUGGAGGUCACCGAGUGCCAGCUCAACUACGGCCAUGCUGAUUGGUUGUUUUCAAGGGGGCCUUCUGAGACAUAGAAUGCUAUGAGAUUCCAUGUUUUAAUUCAGAGAUUGCAUGAAGACAAUAUGAAGGAAACUGGAUAUGCACUCAAGCUACAUAGUUCCACAUCAGUGCUGUUCCAUCAUCAGAAUAACGCCACGCCAGACGAUGUGCCAUACUGGACAUACGAUCACGUGAGCAGCUCUCUUUCUCUCUUGCUCCCUCUCUCUCCCUCUCCUCCUCUAUCUUGCUUUCUCUCUCGUUCUCUCUGCCGUGAUCACAGGAAGAUUGCUGAGUCUGACUCUCAGGAAUGGAAAGAAUGUGGACUUUGAUAUCUCACUGACCAUCUUAUCAUACAUCAAAACUGUGAAUGUUUGGUCAUUUGCCUUCUUAUUAUGUGCAUAUUGUUGGUCCUUUGUGAUGCUGUAUUUCUGCUGUCUUAAGUAGCUAUUGAAAUGAGCGUCUAUAAUAUAGCUUCACUCUACACAUUAAAGCCUGAGGUUACUGCUGUAUAUUGUACAUGGUAUCCUAUCAUGGAGUAGUUUUGAAUUGUUAAAAAAUAUUAGCUAUUGCUCUAUUAGAUAUUGCCCAGAAUAUAAAAAAUGCACACAGUGUAAUUUUCUCUUUAAAGUUGAAUAUUUUUUUGUAGAGAAAGCAUUUUGUUGUUUGAAUGUAAUGGCCAAUUCUCUUGUUGCGAGUUGCCAAUGUGUAUACAAGGGAAAUGUUGUCCGUAUAAUUUAAACCUGUCUUGCCAUCUGUAAUAGAGUUUUCAAUGGAAAUAAACACAUGUUGGGAUUUUUAAUAACGUUAUUGUAUAAACUAUUUAAAAACUAUAAUGUGUACUCAAUAUAAGCCUACUUUAUCUUAUUUAUUGAAUUGGUGUAUGAUAUGGAAAGCUUAAGUCCAUGUUUUCUGGCGUAUUGUUUUGUGAUGACUUUGGCUUGUACAUUAGAACUUGUACAGGUACAGUAUGUGGUUUUAUCUUAGUGCUGGAUCACUGAGCAACCUUGCUUCAAAGGCAUUGUGUGGGAUCUCGUUACCCUUUGACUUCCAUUUCCCCUCAUCAUUACAGAGUAAACUAAAGGAAAAUCUUCAAAGAUCAGAGGCUGCCAAGAUUUUGUUUGUCUGUGGUAACCACUUACAAUCAGAAGUAAACAGAAAAAACACAAUUAUUCUCACAAAAGUAUAUCCUGCCCCUUUUCACAGCUAAUACCACAUCCAUGUUUGAUAGUUUAGUAUAUGUGAGAGAGAUUUGAAAAAGUCACUUCUUCUCAUUUUAUGUGUCGAAAGCUAGCUAAUACUCUUUAAAUAUUUAAAUAUUUUGUAUGGUUAACAUAAUCCAAUCAGGGAUUGUCCACUCUAUCAAUCAAUCAAUCAAUCAAAUGUAUUUAUAAAGCCCUUUUUACAUCAGCCGAUG